UUUCUCCUUUGUCAUCUUCUCUUAACCUCUGUGACUGUGAUGAGUAAAAAAAAGAAAAAAAAAAGUCACAGCCUUCUCUUUCCUCAUUUUUCCCACUUUGAUUGAUCAAUCAUUCAUUCAUUGCUAGGCUCCCUCCCUUCUUGUACCCUCUCCAUAUUUCCCUGAAUCGUUUCCUUUUUUGACGCACAACAAACCCAAAAUUGGUUAGGUUCUUGCUUACAAUUUUUCCAGAGAAAUUCAGUAUCUUUCCUCGGAGGUAUAAGUAAGUUCAUAAUUGUCUGAAGAAGAAAAAGAAGAAGAGUCACACAGAAACAAAAGUGUGGUCCCUUUCUUACUUGUGUUUCAAAAAUAUCUCAUAUCUUUCCCAUGUAGAAGUAGCUUUCCCAUAUCUUAUUCUCUGAUUCAGAAUCUCAUUACAAGAUAGAACUAUUUAGAAGAAGAAGAAGAAGAUGGAGAAUGAAAGUAUAAAGUACUUACCUUUGGGUCAGAGCGAUCCCUUUGGCAACGAAGGAACCAUCGGCGAUCUCCUCGGCAGAUUCUGCAACAACAACCCUCCUCAAGAGAUCUCCCUCAUCUCACCUGCUGGGAUCCGCUUCCCUCCUUAUCCGGGGGGUCACUUCGGAUCCGAUCAGCUAACAGGACAAGACAGCAACAAGAGCUCCUUGCUGGAUCCAGCAGAUUCGGAUCAUCGAGUUCAGACACCGAAACCAAACUCCAGGAAGAGAAAGUCUAUCCCUGUUUCUGUUUCUGGAGGUAAUGGCAAGGACUCUCCUGCUUCCUCCUCUCUCACAGCUUCCAAUUCUAAGGUUUCAGGAGGAGAGAUUGUUGGAUCCAAGAGAAGCAAGCAGGAUGAAGCUGGAAGCAGCAAGAACGUAAUAGACAAUAAGGAUGAUGCAAAGCCUCCUGAGCCCCCCAAAGAUUACAUUCAUGUUAGGGCUAGAAGGGGUCAAGCAACAGAUAGCCACAGCCUCGCUGAAAGAGCAAGAAGAGAGAAGAUCAGCGAGAGGAUGACUUUGCUUCAGGAUCUGGUUCCUGGUUGCAACCGGAUAACUGGGAAAGCAGUUAUGCUUGAUGAAAUCAUCAACUAUGUGCAGUCCUUGCAGAGACAAGUCGAGUUCUUGUCGAUGAAGCUGGCUACUAUAAAUCCAAGGAUGGAGUUUAACCCUAAUGCCGCUUUAUCCACAGAGAUGAUUCAACCGGGAGAGUCAUUAACGCAGUCUCUUUACGCAAUGGCUUGCUCAGAGCAAAGACUUCCAUCUGGAUACUAUUCUCUUGCCAAGAACAUGCCUAGAUUCUCAGACACGCUAUUCCCCUCUAGUGACGGAUUUGUUCAAGCUGAGCCACAGGGAUUCUGGGAAAAUGAUCUGCAAAGCGUUGUUCAGAUGGGUUUUGGAGAUGUCCAGCAACAGAGCAGCAACAACAACAGUUGUUCUGAGCCAACACUACAGAUGAAACUUGAGCAAUGAUUCAAGAAGGUGUUUGUUAUUGUAUCUCUCUGUACAUACAGAAACCAAGUAGUUGAUGGGUACGGAGUGAAUCAUGUGGGAAACUAAUGUUUACUAUCGUUUCUUCUUUGCUUGCUUGUGCAUCUGUUCAUUUCUUCUCAACCCAAAGAAACCAAAAAAAAAUCUUUAUAUUAUUAUAUGUAAAAACGACAAGAAUCUUUUCUGGACCAUCUCUGUAUUAUUUUACAACUUUUCUGUAUUAUUGCUGCACUCGUAAGAAACGGUAAUAAGUUUGCCUUCA